GAUGUGCUAUCACUACCUUUUUCGCUAGCAGUCGUUCCCGUUAAUUGUACACGUUUUGCUGUUUCCAACACAAAAUACAUCUGCAUUUAAAAGUAUUGCAUCAAUAACGUUGAUUAUUGAGUUAACUUUUAGAAUUCUAAAAACAUGGCUUUAACGUCGCGUUUCUACAGUGAAAAGUAUCCGGAAGUUGAAGAUGUCGUAAUGGUUAAUGUCCUAUCAAUAGCCGAAAUGGGAGCUUACGUUCAUUUACUCGAGUAUAAUAAUAUUGAGGGUAUGAUAUUGCUCUCUGAGUUGUCCAGACGCCGUAUACGUUCAAUUAACAAAUUGAUACGUGUGGGUAAAACAGAACCGGUUGUAGUGAUUCGUGUGGAUAAGGAAAAAGGUUAUAUCGAUUUGUCAAAACGACGCGUCUCGCCCGAAGACGUUGAGAAAUGUACAGAACGUUUUUCAAAAGCAAAAGCUGUAGAUUUGUUGCUGCGUCAUGUGGCUACUUUAUUAGGUUACGAAACUAGCGAGCAAUUGGAGGAGUUAUACAUGAAAACUGCAUGGCAUUUUGAGAAGAAGUAUAAUAGCAAAAUUGCGGCCUAUGAUAUAUUCAAACAAUCGGUAACGGAUCCUAAAGUCUUUGACGAGUGUGAUCUGGAUGAAGAAACCAAGGAAGUGUUAUUAAACAAUGUUAAACGUAAAUUGGUUUCUCCUACGGUGAAAAUACGUGCGGACAUUGAAUGCUCGUGCUAUGGUUAUGAAGGUAUUGAUGCGGUUAAGGCCGCUUUAAAUACCGGCUUAGAAUUGAGCACUGAGAAUCUACCAAUACGCGUUAACUUAAUAGCUCCUCCGCUCUAUGUUAUGACGACCUCUACUACCAAGAAGGCUGAAGGUUUAAAAAUUUUGGAACAAGCUAUUGAGAAUAUACGAGCAAAAAUUACCGAAUUUAACGGUGAAUUCAAAGUAGUUAUGCCUCCUAAAUUGGUUACAGCUAUUGAUGAGGCCGAUUUAGCGCGACGCCUGGAGCGCGCUGAGGCCGAGAAUGCUGAGGUGGGCGGCGAUAAUGACGAAGAUGAAGAUGGUGACCAAGAAGGCAUGCAAUUCGAUCCCGAUCGUGAACUUAAUCACAAAGAUCAACAUGAUGACCCCAUUAACGCUAACAAUGAAGAAGACGACGAAAAUGAAUAAUUGUGUGUGGUUGAGAAAACGUUUAAUAUGUGGAAUCAUUUAGAGAUUCACAUAGCUUUAGUUGCUAUGGCCUAUUUGCGCAUAUACGUUUUAUGAACGGAUAUGGACAACAAAUAAAAUUUUUUUAUAGAUUUCCCAUUUUAAUAAAAAAAAGAAA